AUGGGGGAGCCGGGGUUGACCUCUGCCCUGAAGCCGCCGCCGCCCAGCGCCGCCGCAGCCGCCCCGGUCCGCACCUACAACCUGCGGCCUGCCUUCCAGCACAAAUUCCGCUCCUCUGUUGCAAAAGAGUGCAUCCGCGCGGUGUUAAAGGAGGACCUCGCCAGCGUGCAGUACAGCCCAGAAGAAAUCCCUAUCCUCACCAAACAGCUGUCUGAGAAAAUCAGAGAUUCCCUGAAAGAAAAAGGAUUUCAGCGAUACAAAAUAGUGGUGCAGGUGGUGAUCGGCGAGCAGAGGGGCGAGGGAGUGAACAUGGCAGCCCGAUGUUUCUGGGACGCAGACACAGACAACUACGCUCAAGACGUCUUCAUGAACGACAGCCUCUUCUGUGUGGCGGCUGCCUUUGGCUGUUUCUACUACUGAGGCCAAGAGGGCUCCUGAAAGAACGUGCUGCCGUCCCAGAGAGAUC